AGGAAUAUCCUGAAGGCAGAGGCCGUGGGGGAGCAGAAGGAAAUCGUCUUUUACUAUUUGGUGAUGGCCAAAGGAGGCAUUGUGCGAGCAGGGACCCAAGCUCUGGCUGUGGAGCAUGGUGAUGUUAAUGGGACCUUCUCACUGAUGCUCCCCGUGGAGUCUGAUAUUGCUCCCCUGGCACAGAUGCUCAUAUACACCAUUUCACCCAAUCAGGAGCCUAUUGCUGAUUCAGUCAAAUUCCAGGUCGAAAAUUGCUUUGCCAAUAAGGUCGACUUGCAUUUCUCACCAGCCGAGGGCCUCCCCGCCUCCGACACUCGCCUCCGGGUCGGGGCCUCCCCAGGCUCCCUGUGCGCCGUCCGUGCU